AUGUAUUCUUCUCAAACAUGGAAGACCAUGGCAAUGGCUGCAGUAGUUGUGCUUCAGCUCUGGUUUUCCAUGGAGGUUAAGUCUUCUUCUUCUUCUCAUCAUCCUGAUCACAACAUAACUAGGCUUCCAGGCCAACCCCAUGUGGGCUUUCAACAUUUCUCAGGUUAUAUUACUGUGGAUGAUCAGAAGCAUAAAGCUCUAUUUUACUACUUUGUUGAAGCAGAAAUAAAUCCAGCUUCAAAGCCUUUGGUCCUCUGGUUGAAUGGAGGACCUGGUUGUUCUUCUCUUGGAGUAGGGGCAUUUUCUGAAAAUGGACCUUUUAGACCAGAUGGUGAGGUCCUGGUUAGGAAUGAGUACAGCUGGAACAGAGAGGCAAAUAUGUUGUAUUUAGAGACACCAGUUGGAGUGGGGUUCUCUUAUUCUAAAUCAAGCUCCUCCUAUGUGGCAGUGGAUGAUGAGGCAACAGCAAGGGACAAUCUUGUAUUCUUGCAACGCUGGUUCAACAAGUUCCCCCAGUACAAGCACAGGGAUCUGUUUCUAACAGGAGAAAGUUAUGCAGGUCACUACAUUCCACAACUUGCAAAUCUUAUGGUUGAAAUUAACAGAAAGGAAAAGUUGUUCAGUCUAAAAGGAAUUGCUCUGGGAAAUCCUGUUCUAGAAUUUUCCACUGACUUCAACUCAAGAGCUGAGUUCUUCUGGUCUCAUGGACUAAUAUCAGAUUCAACAUAUAACAUGUUCACUUCUGUUUGUAACUAUUCACGAUAUGUGAGUGAGUACUAUAGAGACUCAGUUUCACCUUCUUGUUCAAAAGUUAUGAGCCAAGUGAGCAAAGAAACCAGUAAAUUUGUGGACAAGUAUGAUGUUACACUUGAUGUCUGCAUUUCAUCUGUCCUCUCACAAUCAAAGGUUAUAAUCCCCAAUCAAAUGACUGAGAGGAUAGAUGUAUGUGUUGAAGACAAAAUUGUGAAUUAUUUGAACCGGAAAGACGUGCAAAAGGCUCUACAUGCUAGGCUUGUUGGAGUUCGCAGAUGGGAUGUUUGCAGCAACAUUUUGGACUAUCAAGUGCUCAACAUGGAAAUACCUACAAUCUCAUUAGUUGGAUCACUUGUCAAGGCCGGAAUCCCGGUGUUAGUUUACAGUGGAGAUCAGGAUUCCGUAAUUCCGUUGACGGGAAGCCGCACCUUGGUCUAUAGAUUAGCAAGGGAGUUGGGAUUGAAAACCACUGUCCCUUACAGAGUUUGGUUCGAGGGAAAGCAGGUUGGUGGGUGGACCCAAGUGUAUGGUAACAUUCUUUCAUUUGCCACCAUCAGAGGUGCCUCUCAUGAAGCUCCUUUCUCACAGCCUGAGAGAUCACUCAGGCUUUUCAAGUCAUUUCUGGAAGGCAGGCCUCUGCCUGAAGUUUUCUGA